UUGAUUAUAAAAAUAGACCUCCAAAUCUUUUUCUUCUACUUAAAGUAAGCGUACAUCAACCAAUUGGGUCACAGACAAGACCGAAGCAAUCAGAUUGAUCUAAGAGAUCGUCAUGAUUCUUACAAAAUGCUUGACAUUGAUAUGGCUAUCUCUGCUGACUGUGUGUGCUGGAAGGACAUUACACCCACUCCCUGGUAAAGGAUGUCAAGGCGCGAAGCUGCCGAUUCAGACUUCACGUCCUUACAACAUCGCACACAGAGGUUCCAAUGGAGAGAUUCCAGAAGAAACUGCAGCUGCAUACUUGAGAGCAAUUGAAGAGGGUGCAGACUUCAUAGAAACAGAUGUCUUAUCAACCAAAGAUGGUGUGCUCAUCUGUUUCCAUGAUGUCAUCCUUGACGAAACAACCAAUGUUGCGAGCCACAAGGAGUUUGCUGAUCGUAAUAGGACAUACGAGGUCCAAGGAUUCAACAUCACUGGCUUUUUCACUUUUAAUUUUACUCUCAAAGAACUCAAGAAACUAAGGACAAAGCAGAGAUACUCUUUCCGGGACCAACAGUACAACGGAAUGUACCCUAUCAUUACAUUUGAAGAGUUCAUUAAUAUUGCUCGGGAUGCUCCACGAGUUGUCGGUAUAUAUCCUGAGAUUAAAAAUCCAGUUCUAAUGAACCAGCAUGUAAAGUGGCCUUGUGGUAAGAGAUUUGAGGAUAAAGUGGUGGAGACACUUAAGAAGUACGGAUAUGGAGGCUCAUAUUUGUCAAAGAAGUGGUUGAAAAGACCAUUGUUCAUUCAGUCAUUUGCUCCAUCUUCACUUGUGUACAUAUCAGAUUUGACAGACUCGCCAAAAGUCUUACUAAUAGACGAUGUUACCGUGCUAACAGAAGACACCAACCAGACUUACGCAGAGAUCACAUCAGAUAUGUAUUUCAAUUACAUAAAGCAAUAUGUUGUCGGGAUUGGACCGUGGAAGGACACAGUUGUUCCAGUAAGUAACAGUUACAUUCAAGCCCCUACGGAUUUGGUCAAAAGAGCACAUGCGCAUAAUCUACAGGUGCAUCCAUACACGUACAGGAAUGAAAACGAGUUCUUACACUUAAACUUCAGCCAAGAUCCAUAUAAGGAAUAUGAGUACUGGAUCAAUGAGAUUGGUGUAGAUGGACUCUUUACGGACUUCACUGGUAGCCUCCAUAACUAUCAAGAAUGGACAUCUCCAUUGUCCGAAACUUCCAAGUCUCCAAGACAGCUCUUGACUCAAAUUGCUUCAUUGGUCCUCCCUUAUGCAAAGGCUUGAUACACCCACAGUGUAAUCCAUUGUCUCUCAUUGUCUUUUACAUCAUUCUUAACAAAUAAGAAACAGAGGAGUCUUAAAGAUCAAUUUUGUUUGCUUACUUCACAAGAUCAUACAUAAAAGCCAAAAAAAAACUAUGUAAAUCUUGGAACAUACACCAAGAAGAAAGAAACACUUUCUCUGUAUAACUUCAAAGAUGGUAAAAAACUCAAACUUAAUCAGCUUAGACACAGAAAGUUGUGCAGCAAGGGAAGCAAGAUAACCAUCUAGGGUUGCGGUUACAUGCACAAUCAGCUUCUGCUUUAGGAGUAAGAGGUUUAUGAGAUUCAUCUCCUUCAUCAGCCUCAGACGAACUCUUUGGCGACUCUGGCUGCGAAGUCCUCCUCUUUUGUGGCGUUGAGCCUUGUAAUCCGCCUUUAUCUGCAUUCCC